CUGUCCCGCCGCCCCUCCUCCCGCAGGUGUGAACCGACACUUCCACAUGAUUUGUAUCCGGGACAAGUUCAGCCAGAACAUAGGGCGGCAGGUCCCAUCCAAGGUCAUCUGGGACCACCUGAGCACCAUGUACGACAUGCAGGCGCUGCACGAGUCUGAGAUUCUUCCGUUCCCGAAUUCAGAGAGAAACUUCGUCCUUCCAGAAGAGAUCAUUCAGGAGGUCCGAGAAGGAAAAGUGAUGAUAGAAGAGGAGAUGAAAGAGGAGAUGAAGGAAGACGUGGACCCCCACAGUGGGGCUGACGAUGUUUUUUCAUCUUCAGGGAGUUUGGGGAAAGCAACAGAAAAAUCCAGCAAAGACAAAGAGAAGAACUCCUCGGACUUGGGGUGCAAAGAAGGCGCAGACAAGCGGAAGCGCAGCCGGGUGACUGACAAAGUCCUGACCGCGAACAGCAACCCCUCCAGCCCCAGCGCGGCCAAGCGGCGCCGGACAUAGACCGCUCGGCCCUGGCGGCAGCAGAGAAGCGGGCAAACAGCCUGGUCACCGAGGGGGUCGGCUGGGUCCCAGUGCCACCGCCAGGCCACAGUGACAUCGUCCCAGUGCUGUGAGCCCUGCCCGCCCUAGGUUCUCAGGUGAACGUGGCCAUCAGCGGGGCAAUGUGUGUGUCAAUCGGACCCUGUGGGACCCUGGCCAGGAUCAAUCCAGCUCCGAUCCCGAGGGCUCUGACGCCGUGUGCUCUUCUCUGGAGCAGCAUGGCUUCCUGUGGCUUUUUGGCGACAUGCAUUAGCUCCACAUGGGCUGCAGCAUUAGGGACCCAGGCUACCUGGAGGGGCAUUGGGCCAGGGGAAAACCUCGGAUUAGCAAGCAAUAAAAACAUGACCUCACUCUUCCUCGAAGGAGCCACUGGUCUUCCCUGCGUGACUCAGUUCUUUCCAUCUGUUUGUCCCGCUGCAAGCCUCUGCACUGACUGUGACACCAGAACACGACCUUCCUGUCAGCCCCCAUGCCACGCACUGAUGGCCCCUCCUCCUGGGAAACUAAGAACUGGAUAUUUUGCCUCAUUCACUUGUACUGUAACAAUGUAUAUAAUUUGGUUGGUAUUUCACUAUUUAAUUUUUAAGAAGCCUAUUUUACUAGUGUUUUAUAUGAACAAAGUACUACAGAAGUUAAACCUGUGUUGUAUUUUUUCUGAGAUGUUUUGCUUUAAGAGAUACUUUUUGGUCAGUUUUUAUAUGCCAGAUACAGAGAAUUUGUAGCGGUUAUUUUUGUAUGAUCUAGUCACUUGCAAACAGACCAAAUGGGUGAGAGGCAGGACGUGCAGCUGUCGGGCUGGUGAGGAGACAGCAGCCGCCCCAGUGCCACUGAGAUGCCACCUUUGUGUGACUGCAAACAUUAAAGCAGAGAAAAAUCC